AUUCAAACUUGUAGGGUGGUGUGUCUCUCUCUCUGACGCUGAGAGUCUUGUCAGAUCUGAGGAUAUGUGAAUCGGGUAAUCAAAAGGAUCGUAGUAGCCUCGCUGAGAUGGAAUUGGAAGAUGGUGAUUCACGAGGGAAGCACAGGAUCCUUGCUGAGCUUGGUCGCGUCGAACAGGAAGUCAUAUUCUUGGAGAAAGAGUUGGAAGAGCUUGGGCAGACUGAUAUUGUAUCAGCCGUGUGUGAGGAGUAAGGGAGGGAGAAACUCAGCCUAUGUUAAAAAAAAUUAUGUGUUAGUGUUCUGAAACUUGUGUGUUGCUUUGGUGACCAAUGUGUAUUUUGUCUUGGUUUCACAGGCUGCUCUGUCUCAUCGAGAAAGCACCGGACCCUCUCUUGCCACUGACCAAUGGGCCUUUGAACUUGGGAUGGGACCGGUGGUUUGAAGGACCAGAUGGGGGAGAUGGCUGCAGAUGCUUUAUACUUUGAUCCAUGGGGUUACAUAAAUAUAGGCCGGGCCAGUUUUGGUGUUAAGACUAGUUUACAUGGGACCCAAAAUUUUAACAUGUGUGAUCGUACAGAGCUUUGGAUUGUGUAGAAUGGUUAAGUUGCAAGUAUGUAAGCUAAGCAGUGGAAUGUUGUAUGUAUGAGAUUCGAAUCUGGCAUCCGAGCAAUCAGAGUUUGAGCUUCUCAUCGUUGUUUUUUUUUCUUAAGUCUUGUUUUGCAUAGAGGUUGGAACAAGAGGGGAUCUGAGUAAUGAGUGUGUGCAUAGUUGGAGGGGUAAAGAAGAAGAAAGUUGGCAGAUUUUGAAGACCGUUGAGUGUGUCUCCCUUUUCUUUUUACUUAUUGUCCGCAUCCCCAUAAUACCAUAGACACACAAGAGAGAGAAUGCAACACUAGUUUCGAGGUUCAAAAUACUGUCAUACCCAUUUUUUAGAUGAUUAGUAAUAAUCUAUGAUUAUUGUCAUGGGUCGAUAAUGGAACCCAGAGCACAUGCCUCCGCUCCACUCUUCUAUUAUUUAUCAUAACUUUAUGGCUCUUCUCAUUUUCUGUAUUUACAAUCUUUCAAUAUACUUUUUACCUGUUGAUGCGUACGUAACAGUAGAAAAUCCCCACUCCCUUUGAUAUCUGGGAUCCAUUGUCGCAAAAUAAUAAGGAUGCUGCUAAGUAGGUCGUUUAUUCCAUAGCUUAAGAUAGUUUUUAGAGCAUUCUUAAAGAUUCCUCAGCUAAGUAUGUAAUAGUAAUAGUAUAUGUUCCAAAAAUUAAGUAAAACACCCUCGAGUCUGAUUAUUUGGGUUUCUGACAACCUUUGAAUAUCUGUCAUCCACUUUUAGUGAUCAAAAGAACAUCAAAGUUGAUGAUACUUUUAAAAAAAUAUUUAGGUAAUUAGAGUACUCUCUCCUGUUAACUAUCCAAUCAAAUAAAGAGUUUUCUCAAAUAAAUAACAAAGUUUGUAACUGUGAUUUGGAGGCGAGUUAAGCUUAUCUCAAAAAGUGUUUCAUAGUUGUUGGUGAAGUAAAAUAAGUAAAUAAUUGAGAAGCCGGAAGAUGCACGUUACAAAAAUCUGCAUCUGUGGUCAGACUCAGAGCACCACAGUACACAUGAACGAAUAUUUUGAUUUCAAUACUGACCUUACCUCGUGAUUUUUGAAACAAACAAACAUUGAAACAUGCAUUAUUACUUUAGCUUCACUCACAUGCUCAAAUCGUCCAAACCCCUUUCUCUUCCCGCUUCAUCUAUUUUUUUCUACCAAAAAUUAAUUUUCAAUCUAUAUUCAUUGGGUUUUGGGUUAUUUAAAUUAAAUUGGUAGGAUUAGUAAGAUGUCCGUUGUCUCAUAAUUUGUAAAUCUCGAGUAAGUAAGUGGUCGUCACCAUGUCCCUACACAUAUAGUAUCUUCAAGUUAACGUUUUCCUAUGCAAUUUGUUUUAAGAGAAGCAAACUCGCAUUUCUUGUCCAUACUAACCAAAGCUCCCGGGCAGGCGUCGUGGUGUUUUGGUAACGGUCAUACUUAUGCAUUCCACGUGUCAUCUCGGAAAGUGCUAGUCAAGGUCGGUCAACAGUGGGGUCCAAAUUUUCUCCAUUUCCCCAUAGGCCCCUUCCAUCUCUCCUUGUCUUCUGUUCCAACUCCGACAAUUAAAAAUGGACGAAAGCUACUAGUAAAUGAUGUUUUGACGAGAGAAAGUGUUUAAGUAGAGAAGUUACUAGUAUUAAACAUUAUAGAAAGUACAUAAUUUUUGGGAGAGUAUCAGAAGAUGUUAAUAAUAUAAUAGCAGAAGGACGUUGAAUGGAGCAUGUAAGUGGGAAAUAAGAGUAGAGGAGAAGGGCACAAGAGUCAUAUUAAUAAUAUAUAGAUUUGGUACCAUCCUCCUUAUAAAGAGAGAGAGAGAGAGAGAGAGAGUCGUGGUGAGUGGUGACUAGUGAGUGAGUGAUACUAAUAUAAACAAGAAAAAAAGAAGCUGAAGAAUGUACUGAAAAUGGAGACAAGGGUGGUGAAAGAGGGAGAUGUGGAGAAGCACAUUGGUGGCUGCAUGGCCGGCUUCUUCAACAUCUUCGAUCGUCCUCAUCUUCUCUCCCCCAAACGAUUCUCCCUGCCCAAACGUCUCUCCUCCUCCUCCUAUUCUUUGAAGACUGAACCUUCCCUGGACUCAGGGAGCCACAGUGUCUACUCCACCCCACAGCUCCGGUCUCCGGCUCCCCCAGAGUUUAAACAACAAGUAGUAUCUCCCAGGAGGUUCUCCAAAGAAGCUCCUAGACUCUCGCUCGAUAGCAGAGCCGUGGUGGACGCCAAGGGAAGCCUCAAACCUAGACAGAUCCACGCUGAUGUGGGGUCUGGAUCGCCCAGCGUGAUCGCAAGGCUCAUGGGAUUGGAGGCAUUGCCUGAUUCACAGCAGCAGCCUCUUCAGCGAUCUGCAUCCGAGUCAAGGGUCAUCAGCAGAUUUGUGGACAGGUUAAACUUUCAAAACCAGCAGAGCAGCAGCACCCAAGGAGUUGAAGAAGAUCACCACUCCAGGAAGGAGCCAUCAAAAGCUUCUUCUACUCCAGUCCCGCUAAGGCGAAAGAGUUUUUUCGAUACAGCAGAUUUCUUCCCGGAGCCCAGGCAAGUGAUGAGUCGUGGAUCCGAGUCUGAUCUUGAAACCCUUAAGCAGCUCCUCGAAGCUCUUAGGCUCAAAGGACUGUUGCACUCCUGUUCAACGAACAGGAAUGUCAUCAUCCCUCAGUCUCCCAUCAGAUCUGUACCUUCCAAGCGAGAUCUAAACAAAGCAAAGACACUGAGGAGAAGUGAAAACAGCGUCAGGACUCCUAACAGGAGACCGACGCUCAAGGAUUCCUGGAGAGCCGAACAUGUCCACACAAGGAACGUCAGCCAACGACGACGACCAAUUGAAGACGACCAUGAAGAGUUUAACAGACAUGGGAAAACUCUAUUGGAGAGAUGCGAUAAGCUUCUCAACAGCAUUGCUGAAAUGGCUGCGUCUGAGGUUGCGGCUGCGGGAGAUUCACAGCCGAGUCCAGUCUCGGUUCUUGACGCCUCCCUUUACCAAGAGGACUCUUCUCCAUCCCCGGUCAUGAAACGCACCCUUCACUUCACUGAACUACUACUAGAAGAUGAAUCCUUCACGUCAUCAUCUUCGGACUCUGAAUACGACUACAUCUCCGACAUCCUCAGAGCCUCCAGUUGCCUACCGCAAGAAUCCGACAUCUUCUCGCUGCUCGAAGAAAAGCAGCAAUACCUCAAGGGCGCUCAUGAGAGAAGGCUCACCUUCGACGCGGUGCAGGAGAUUGUUGGGCGGAUAAGGAGGAGGGGGAGAAUGGUUGGAGACGCUGACGAGAUGCUGCAGCUGACCUGGUCCGAGUUUCAGAAGCUAAGAAAGAAAAGCUCCUCGCCAGCGGAAGAGGAAACAGCGGACCUUGUGGGAUACGUGUGUAGGGUCCUCGGGAGAGAUCUAACGGAGGACCCUUGGCGAGAUUUUCAGGUGGAGACGUCUGAGGCGGUUCUCGUCAUCGAACGGCUCGUUUUCAAAGAUUUGGUUGGUGAGACCAUACGCCAUAUGGCUGCUCUUAACAGGUCAGCCUCGCUGCGUAGGAGGAGGAGGCUGCUCUUCUGAUGCAAAAAAAAACUAGAUUAUUUAAAUCUCUGACACAAUCUGAAACAGAACCAUUUUUUUUAGCAAAUACAUGGGAUCUGAACACAUGAGAGAGAGUGAUUGGUCUUCUUUAAUUUGUGGCUUCUUUUAUUUCAUUUUUGUUUGUUUGUAUUAUCAUUUGAAAUGUGUGAAAAGGCUCGUCAAGAUAUAUAUAUUGCAUCCCGGAUUUGAGCUGUU